AUGCUCCAACCACCGUUUUCCACACGACUCCCAUCUUUCCACCGAAUCCUGGGGAGCCAGAGGAGGAGCCCGGGCCCCCGGCCCCGGCAGAGCCAAGUGGGUGAGAGGGUGGCAAGCUCACCGCUCAACGCUCCCCGCGCCGGACUGGGCCUCAGACUCCGGCACACCUCGCGGGCCCGAGGGCACCGAGAGGGCAGAGCCGGGACCACCCCAGGACCCCAGCCGCCAGCCCGCCGCCGCCAGCCCGCCCCCGCUUUCCGCUGCGCACCUGAGGUCCCCCAGGAGCGGAGACGAGGCGGCCCUUACCUCACUGUCCCCCUGCCGGACCCGUCGCAGCCUCCGCUUUGCAAAAUCAGUCCUCUCCGCCCAGGAGGAGCAGUCCGUGGCACCGCAAUCAGGGCUGGCGCCACCCCGCCCCGGGCCUCACCGAAGACCUCCGCCCGGCCAACAUGGCUGGCGCCGCCUCUGCCACGUCAAGAGGAGGGGACGGGGCGUGAGGGCAGGAAGGGGGCAGGAAGGGGCGGGCGCAGAGUUACCCGGGCGGGCCACCGUCCCCUGAGCUUAAUAACCGGAGGAUUUGAGAAAGGCGCGCGGCGGGCGAAGGUCGCGGAAGGAGUGGAGCACUGGUGCCACUCGGACACCUUAACUUACGGAGAGAAAUGGAGACGGCCUCCAGGACAUCUUAAGGACCCUGGUUGAUUCGGAGAAUCACAAAUAAUCUCUGAAAAAAGAGAGUUCAUUCUUUCACUUAGUGCAACAAAUAUUUACUGAACACUUACUAUGUGCCAGACACGAUUGAGAUGCUGGUGAUAUGAUGCAGGCAAGGUAGGCCCAGAUCCCUGGCCCGAAAGAUUUCACGUACUAUUUAUGUAUUCUAGUCAGCCUGUCUUUUCCUCCUACAUUGCCUCUGCCACCUCUACUCUGUUUCCCCCCACCCCCAACACAUACACACAGUACAAUAUUUGGCUGAUUCAUCUUGAUAUAUUCAAUGUUUUUCUUUCCAAGAAAAAAGUUGAACAAAAUGAGAAA